UGGUUGGUGAUGCAAAGGGUCCGGAGCGUGUACAUUAGUACUGCACUAGGUUGGAAUCUGGUUUAGAUAGAGAGAAUUUGUCGGUGUGUGACACGACGACUGAGAGCAGAAGGGAAAUUACCCCCCACCAGCUUCUCUCUCUCUCUUAAACACACACACACACACACACACGAAAAACGUCAUCAGCUUUUUUUCUUGUAGUUAAAUGGUCGAGACUGAGGAGGUCACUGGCGAAAAAACCAAGAUAAAAACACGAACGGAUACUGAAAAACCGGUCCACCUAAAUGGGGGACUAUAAAUUUGGAGUCCUGGUUAAAAACAACGUCUCGAACAAAGCUGUAUUCCCAGUCAGAAUUCAUCCACAUCUGCAACCUCCAAGUCCACCUCCUUUUAUCAACUAUAAUAAUCCAGCCGGUGGAAAUGAUGGGUCUACCUGGCUCUUCCCUGCUGUAACAACUUUCCCAGAGGCACAAGAUGAGAUCCUGGAGCCGGACAAAGCCAAGACUCAACAAGAUGACCAAGAGGGACAAGAAAAGCGGCUUUGUUCGCCACAUCAAGAAACCCAAAUCAUAAUGUCUGAACUGGAAAAUGCUCUGCCAGAUGAAGGUACACUGGAGAAGGGAGCCAUGGACAAUGGCAACACAAAAGAGACCCUGAGAAUCGAAUCUCCAGUGCUAUCAGGGUUUGACUAUCAAGACCCACCCGGCAUUGGGACCUUAGCACAGUCCAGCAGCUCCUCCUUUCCUGGCUUUAGUAGCUGGUCUACAGCUAUUCCUGCCAACCCCGCUGCCAUGAUGGAAGAAGUUGGGUUCUUUAGCCAAGCACCUACAACUGCUAAUGCCUCUCCCAUGCUGUUCCAGAAUUUUUCGCAUCAUGCCAGUUCUGCUUUCGGAGGAAGCUUUUCCCACCAGAUAGGACCAUUGACCCAGCACCAUCUUCCUCCACCACACUUCCAACACCAUCACAAUCAACACCAACAUAACCGCAGGUCCCCGGCCAGCUCACACCCUCCUCCAUUCAACCACCGCAAUGCAGCAUUCAGCCAGAUGUCUCAUUUGGGAAAUAACCUAAAUAAGUUGUCUUCACCUUGGGGAGGCUAUCAAAGCCAGUCCUCUGCACUUUCGUCCAGCUCGUGGAGUCCAGGAGGAGGUUAUGGCGGUUGGGGUGGUUCUCAGGGUCGAGAGUACAGACGAGGCCUGAAUGGUGGUGUGAAUGCGAUUAACUCCAUUUCGCCAUUGAAGAAAUCCUUCCCAAACAGCCAGACGCCAUCACAGAAGUAUUCACGCAACAGUUCGGGCUUCAACCUCAAACCCUGGAUGGAGGAUAGCAUAAACCGCAAUGACAAUUACUGUUCUUUUCAGCAGGAUCGAAGUCGGUCUUUCGAUGGCUUCAGCAUGCACUCCCUGGAGAACUCGCUGAUUGACAUCAUGAGAGCUGAGCAGGAUUCUUUGAAAGGUCGUUUUGGCUUUUCUCAUCCAGCAGAGGAUGGUUCUCUAUCAGCAAAUGGUCCAUCAUCCUUAUUCCCCAUGGAGGAUGAGCACAGCUUUGGAGAUGAUGAUCGUUCUGAGAAGAGCCUUGGAGUUUUGGGUUCCCCGCACUGCUAUUCUCAUCAGAACGGCGAGCGAAUCGAGCGCUAUUCUCGCAAGGUCUUUGUUGGUGGAUUACCUCCUGAUAUAGAUGAAGAUGAGAUCACUGCUAGUUUCCGUCGAUUUGGUCACCUGUUUGUGGACUGGCCUCACAAGGCAGAGAGUAAAUCCUACUUUCCACCCAAAGGAUAUGCGUUCCUGCUUUUCCAAGACGAGAGCUCAGUUCAGGCACUGAUCGAUGCCUGUAUUGAGGAGGAAGGGAAGCUUUAUCUCUGCGUAUCCAGCCCCACGAUUAAAGACAAGCCUGUACAGAUCCGUCCAUGGAAUCUUAACGACAGCGAUUUUGUGAUGGAUGACUCUCAGCCUCUGGAUCCCAGAAAGACCAUCUUUGUUGGGGGAGUUCCACGACCUCUUCGAGCAGUGGAACUGGCAAUGAUCAUGGACAGGCUGUAUGGCGGGGUGUGUUAUGCUGGCAUUGACACUGACCCUGAACUGAAGUAUCCUAAGGGAGCAGGGCGCGUAGCUUUCUCCAACCAGCAGAGCUACAUUGCUGCUAUUAGUGCUCGCUUUGUGCAGCUGCAGCAUGGAGAGAUUGAUAAACGGGUGGAAGUGAAGCCAUAUGUCCUGGAUGACCAGAUGUGUGAUGAGUGCCAGGGCACACGUUGCGGGGGCAAGUUUGCACCCUUCUUCUGUGCCAAUGUCACUUGUCUGCAGUACUACUGUGAAUACUGCUGGGCGGCCAUACAUUCACGCGCAGGCCGGGAGUUCCACAAACCCCUGGUGAAGGAGGGGGGAGACCGGCCUCGUCACAUCUCCUUCCGCUGGAACUGAACCAGUGCAGUGGGGCUGACUCAGCAAGCAUUAAUGCACUUUUGUUUUUGAUUUUUAUUCGUACUUAUUUUUACAUCUGAUAUUUAAUUUAUUGUAAGUUUUUAAUUUUUGAAAAUAAUGAUAGAAAAAAUCUAUGUAAUCUCAUUUUUUUUUCUUUUUUGCUGGACCGCCAUAGGCCAGCCAAGAAUAGUAAAUGUCCCUUACUGACUGACUGACUGACCUUCCUGUUUUUGAAUCACUCAUGAAUGUAGUCACACAGUUGAUACUGCUUUUGAGGGUACCUGUAAAAAUUGACAACAAUCACAGAUUCAUGUAAGAUUCAAUGCAGCAAUAAAUGGCUGCAUUAAAAUGGGCCCACCAUCCUUUCAUUAUUUAUUAAAUGAAUGACUUUGAA